UGCCUCAGCGUCCGGCGCCUGCAAUUGCUCUCAUUGAGCAAUCCCAUCCCUUCCAUCUCCUCUCCCUCGAUCGCCGCCAUCCACACAAUGUUGGCCCGGUCGUGCGCACGGGCGACUCGCUCGUCGGGUCCGAUUCGGUCGCUGCUACAGAAGGCCACCUCGCGUGCGUCCUCAACAUCGGCAUCGGAACCCUCAAAAGCUGGCAACGUGGUGGGGAAUAUUCUCGCUACAUCGGGGGCAACGCUGGUCGGUGUUGGUGCUGUUGCGUGGUACUACAAUCAAUAUGGACCGCGUGCAUUGGCGAUGACACCGGCUGAGGAAGGUCUUCACGCAACCGCUUAUCCCUGGGAACACGAAAAGCUCUUCAAGACAUUCGAUCAUCAAGCUCUCCGCCGCGGUUUCCAAGUCUACCAGGAAGUUUGCGCGGCUUGCCACUCGCUGAGUCGCAUACCGUACCGCUCGCUCGUCGGCACGAUCAUGACCGUGGACGAAGCCAAGACAUUGGCGGAAGAGAACGAAUACGACUCCGAGCCGAACGACGAGGGAGAUAUCGAGAAGCGUCCCGGAAAGCUGGCUGAUUACCUCCCUGAUCCUUACAAGAACGAUGAGGCAGCUCGUGCGGCCAAUCAAGGAGCGCUUCCACCGGACCUCAGCUUAAUUGUCAAGGGUCGCCAUGGCGGAUGCAACUACAUCUUCAGCCUGUUGACCGGAUACCCGGAAGAGCCACCGCCAGGUGCCGCUGUACCGGAAGGCCUCAACUUCAACCCGUACUUCCCUGGUACUGGCAUCGCCAUGGCCCGGGUUCUGUAUGACGGACUUGUGGAAUACGAAGACGGCACGCCCGCGACGUCGUCUCAAAUGGCCAAGGACGUGGUCGAGUUCCUGAACUGGGCGGCCGAACCCGAAAUGGACCAACGCAAGAGGAUGGGCUGGGAAGUGAUGGCGAUCGGCAGCGCCCUCAUGCUUCUGUCCGUCUGGGUGAAGAGGUACAAAUGGGUGGGCAUCAAGACACGGAAGUUGGUUUAUAAUCCGCCUGUGGGCCCCAGGUCUCGGACACCGCGUGGUGCAUAGAGUGGCACGGGGGGCGUUAGUCGCGAAGGGAUGUUGUGGGCACUAGAUUCCGCUCUCAUGCGAUAGGGGGACUUGUACAAAAUACAACUUGUUUGGCACGCCAUCCACUUAUAUCUAAAAAGAUCGAUAGAUGUACUUCUGAACUGUACUGUACCGCCAGCUUCUAUGAAAUUUGGUUUCAUUUGUUGCAUAGCGUCAUCUGAUGCGACGGAUGGAGACGUGCUACGCCCAAUCCCGCCUCCAUACUAUUAAGGGAACCCCGAACG